UUUGUGAAGAGGAACUUCUGUGUGUGUGUCUGUGUGUGUAUCGCAGCAUUUUCAUUUUGUAUUUAGACUUAAUGAGGAUUUGAUCAGUCAUGGAUGGAGAUGUGCUCUCUUUGUCAUCGUUCUCAUCAUUAUCAGCAGCAGAAGAAACAGAGAAAGAUGUUCCACCUAAAAGUGACAGCAGCCUCCCUCAGAGCCACCAGGAACAUAAAUCAGAUGAAGAAUUAUGGACAGAGGAAGUGAGUCCUGCUGGUGACAGGCUGCUGUCUGCGGAGGAGCAGGUCACUCUGAUCACUGAGAGUAUGACAGUCACCUCCACAGACCAAGAGAAACUGCUGCUGCUAAACAAGAACACUGAGCUCCGCAGAGUCAACAAAGAGCUGAUGAAGCUGAAUGAGGACUGGGACCAGGUUUAUCGCAGUGCCACACUGAGUUUGCAGCACAGACUGGAGACUUUGGAGCUGGAGAACUCUGCCAUCAAACAGAUGAACAGCAGACUGCUGCUCAAAGUGGAGCACCAACAGAGCGCAAAGGAGUAUUAUGAGCAGGCACUAAUGCAGGAGCUGAAAAAAAACCAAGAGCUGCAAGAAUACAUCAGGCUGCUGGAGAGCAGAUUGCACCACCCAGAAAGAGACUUCACACCUCCCAAACAGGGAAGCUUCAGUACUAUGGUACGCAGUCCUGUGUCAUGCCCCGCCAUUGAUCCUCCUGAAGGUCCCGACCUGUCACCCAGCCACGUCGCUGGAUACAACCCUUCAUCUUCCUUUUUUCCAGCUUCUUCCAGUUCAGAGCCAUGGCUGCAGGGAAAAAGGCAGAGCAGCAGCACCCCACUGGGAGCACCAGGAGACUCCCAGCAAGAGGUUCAGGAUCUAAAAGACCAGCUGGAGGCACUGAGAUGUCAGACCCAGAUUUAUGAGGCUGAAUAUGAAACGGAGCAUAAUGACCACAAACACACCAUACAAGAGAACCGGAGACUGAGGAAGAAGAGGGAGGAGAUGCGCCAACAGGUGGCACUACUGCAAGAGCAGCUCAAGGUUUAUGAGGAUGACUUUCGACGGGAGCGGUCUGAUAAACAGAUGCUGCAGCGGCUGCUGUUGAAGAAAACGCCUCCAAACAAGGACCCUGUGCUUAUCCACCGCUGCAAUAAUGAGAAACAACCACUAGGAGGAGACAAGAGGACACAAAGUGGAGACAGAGCUUAUCCUCAAAGAAAACAGCACCACCCACUCUGUCCCAAGCACCCAAAUAGGGAAAAAGAGUCAAACUAAGAGGGAGAUAAUUAGAAUCAUUAAUAUGUCAGAAACUCUUGCACAAAGAUUUGUAUUAUCUCAUGGAAAACCAGCAUAGCAUCAUUACAGAGGCCCUCCAGGAAGUCUGCUGGACUCUAAAUGCAAUUUUAGCACUCUAAUUUCAGUUGUCUGUCACACUGUGUUACAGCACUUUUAUCUGAAUACAUUGAAAAGAAAAAGAAAAGUAUAUAGUGACAUUUUAAAGUAACCCUCCUUAAAUAAUCUGGGGUGACAUGCAAUCUCUUCUCUUUAAGGUUUCUGUUUGUAAAACUUCAUGGAAAUGAAGAAAUAUUAUAGUUAAAUUGUAGAUUAUUGUCUAUAUUGUGUUCAGUAUAUUAUCAAAACAUAAGCAGUUACCAAUAUUGGUACUUAUAUCUAUUUAAUACAAUAUGUCUCUUUCUAAUAAUUAUCUUUCUCUUAAUGUUUUUUUUCUGACUUGGAUAGUAAGUUGUUACAUUUGAAAAAGCAAUAUAUAUUCAUAAUAAUAAAGUUAAUUGUAAGAACUGAUCUCAUCUUUCUUGCAAUUUGUUACUUUCUUUAAUAUCUUUACAACAGAUGGAAGCUACCCAUAUUUAUCACCUUAUUUAUGAUAUUUGUUUAUAUUUUUUCUCUUUGUUAUACAAGUUAACCUUGAUAGAACAGCUGAAAACACAAUAAAACAUCACUGAUGUCACAAACUCCGACAUGGAAAUUGCAUUUCAGUGGAAGUUCCCCUGAACAGCUUCUAAGGAGCUGGGUUUUGUUUCCUGGAGUGUGCAGCAGAAUUCAUGUUUGCUCUGUCACUGAAGGAAGUUGGGAAGUUUACUUUUAAGGGUCAGUGGCCCACAUCUGAACUGAGACUACUGACACACAUCAUCACACAUCACAAGUUAUUAAUGGGUAACUCGGAGUUUUGCUCUAAGAAUGAUUUGUUCC